AUGGAGUCAGAUGAUAUAAGCGUUCUGAGAUUCCGUUCUGUUCGUAAAUAUGAUGUAAUGAAGUUGCAGUCACUUUAUGAGGAAUGCUUUCCAGUCAGCUAUCCAUCCUCUUGGUUUCAGGAUCUCCUUGAUAAUUCAUCUCUUAUAUCUAUUGCAGCAGUUUCAGGCGAUGACUUAGUUGGUAUCUUGGUAGGGACAGUAACGACCCUGGGAAACUGUAGUGCUGAUGAUAAUAAAUUACUUGCAUCGAGUUUUCCACUUUCGACCGGAGUUGCAUACAUACUUAGUUUGGGUGUUACGUCGUCAUUCAGGUCCAGAGGUGUUGCAUCUAUUUUAUUGAGAUCAUUUAUUGGUUAUGUAUCUGGUGAAAAUAUGGAUUGGUUGAAUGAUUCUAAUUAUCAAGGUGAUUUGCCUUGUUCAGAUCUAUUCAAUCAAACUGUAAAUGUGAAUCCAGCUCACCAUAGAAAUGGAGAGGAUUGUUAUUCUGACAGCAAUGUAUCAACUAAGUAUAACGAUACAUCUUCAUCUAUAAUUUGGCGUGUCAAAGAUUAUAAAUCUCUAUACAAUCUAAUCACACAAUUACCACGUGUCUCUCCUGUACAAGCUGUUUAUCUUCAUGUGUUACAUAGUAAUCUACAUGCAAGACGUUUCUAUGAAAAUCGUGGUUUUAUUUUUCUUCAUACACGUCCCGGUUGUUAUACAAUUGAUGGUAGAUCUGCUGAUGGUUGUACAUAUGUUCUUCAUACAAAUGGUGGAUAUUUAGAUUGUAAACCAAUAAGUUAUAAUUUAAAUACUAUAUAUGAAUAUCUUAAUGAUCAUUCAAUAGUAUGUUAUCUGAGAUGGAUUAUUCGUUUGUUCUCUCAAUCAGGAUAUACCAUUUUGUAUAAAUUACGUCGAUUUUCACAUUAUCUUUAUGAUACUACCCCUUUAAUGUAUUUAAAUUAUCAUACAUAUAAUCAUCAAAGGCAGGGAUAUAUCAAUCAUCUUUCUUCGUUGUCGUCGUCUUCUUCUUCUUCUUCUUCUUCGUAUCCAACUUCAUCUUGUUUACCGCGUCAUUUCUCUGAAUGUUCUAUUCCAGAUACCAUAUCAACAUCGUCGUCGUCGUCAUCAUUAUGUGUUUCUCCAGAUUCAGCUGUUCUAAAUAAUGAGUAAUAAGCUUUCCAUUUACUUCAUUUAAUGCAUGAAAUUAUUUAAUUCAUAAUAGUACACGUAUAUGACAUAUUGUUAAGUGCUUAGUCUAUUAAGAGAUUUAUUUCAAAGAUUCUUCUUUGAUUGAUCUUCAUUUUGUUUUGGACACCUAUUAUGUUCUUAUAUACCUGCUUUAUUCAUUUCCUGUUAGUUGUUUUCUUUUCCUUAUGUCUUACUGGUUAUAUAUGUGAUACUUGAUGGAUACAUUUGUCAAAUUAUAAUCUCUUUAGACAAUUAAACAAAUGAUUUUGUAUAAUUGUAGAUUAUCCUACAUUAAAUCAUAAUGAUGUAACACUUAGAUAUAUUCAACCCUAGUAAAGACUGUUACUUCUUCAUUUACUUUACCACCUUUACAACAUAAUUGUAUUAAAUAAUUGAUCAUAGUGAUACUGUGAUUAUAUUUGUUCAUUUUGUUACUUACUUACUUACUUACUUACUUACUUACUUACUUAUGCCUGUUACUCCUCGUUGAGGAGCAUAGUCCACCCAUCAACACUCUCUAUGCAACCCUUUCUCGGGCAAUCCUUUCUAGUUCUUUUCAGUUGUUAUUCAUCUUUUUCAUAUCUUCUUUAAUUUUGUUACCUUUCGAAAAUUGUCAAACUUUGAUUUGUUAAUGAUGUUUACUCUUUUUUCUUUGUUGUUGUUAAAUUGUUCGUAUUCUUCAUUUCAUUAUGCUUAUUUUGUUAUCAUUCAUAGCUCAUAAAUACCACGUUGUUCAACGUAUUGUAAAAUAAAACUAACUGACCUGA